AAAAAUUGAAACUUAUAUAAAAUAAAAUAAAAAAAACAUUUUGAGAGAGUUGAUCAUAAACAAUAAGGCCACGGCACAAGGUCACCAGAUUACCCAAUUACCCAUCAGCAUUACAUUUUUAACAAUUUUACCCAAACCAAAAUCUCUGCCUAAUUCCCAAACCCUCCAUUCCCGUUGUUCGUUCGCAAAUGCCAACGGGCAGCGAUCUGGAAGUGACGGUACGAAUGGAAUGGAAGGCUUCGAAGACGAUCAUAAAGAUUGAGGCCUAGCUUAGGAGUUGCCUUGCCAGAGCUGAAUCAUCGACCUCUUUCUCUCCCUGCCGGUCGAGCUAGCUAUCGUUUCCUUGGCUUUCAAGAAUCAACCACAUUCAGAGCAUACUUUACCACUGCCGACGCCGAAUGAUCUACUUGUUUGUUUUUACCUCCCGCGGUGGUGUCCUCAUCUCAGCGACCGUCUCCAAGAAUCGUUUUUGUUCCCAAAUCCCACUCUCAUUCGUUACCAAAUCCUGAAAUCCCUAAACCCUAGCUAUCAAACCUCUAGGCCCAGAGUCCAAUCUCCAAGUCCAAGCUUGAUUGCUCAGACAACCAGCACUGGCAGCGCCAGCUGAGGCGAGUCGCCACUCGAAUUCUAGCAGCGCCAGGUCUCGAAUUGUAGAAAAAUUCCAAUCAUACAAACAACAUGGCACCGGAGGCCCAAGACGCAGGUCUGAAGAAGCUAGAGUAUCUCUCUCUCGUCUCAAAGGUGUGUUCCGAGUUAGAAACACAUUUAGGGUUCGGAGACAAGGUGUUGGCGGAGUUCAUCACCGACAUGGGCCAAACGUGCGAGACUGUCGACGAAUUUGAUUCCAAAUUGAAGGAGAACGGCGCAGAGAUGCCUGACUACUUCGUACGGACUUUGCUGACCAUAAUUCACGCAAUCCUUCCGCCGAAAUCGAAGUCCGAAAAGGACGUGAAAAAUGAGGUGUUCUCGGAGGGUAGAAAGCCGAAGUUUCCAGGGUUAGCGAUUCAAGACAGUAAAGAGAGAAUAAAGCAGCUCGAGAGAGAGAUCGAAUCUGAGACUCGCUCUCAUCAUAGAGACGGUGAAGAAAAGGAAGAAGGUAGACGAGAUAGAGGUAGAGACAGAGAUAGAGAUAGGGAUAGAGACAGAGACAGAGAUAGAGAUAGGGAUAGAAACAGAGAUAGAGACGGACGGCACAGUCAUAGAGAUAGGGAUGAAGACGACAGAAGAAGUGAUUACAGGAGUAGAGGGAGGCACAGGGAUCGCAAUGAUAAGCAUAGGAGGGAUGAGUACGAGGAUGGGGAUGAGAAUGGGGAUGGUAGGAGAGCUAGGUAUCAGUCGGAUGAACCUGAACUGUACAAGGUUUAUAGAGGGAGGGUUUCGAGGGUCAUGGACACAGGAUGCUUUGUGCAGCUGAAGGAACUUAGGGGGAAGGAGGGUCUGGUGCAUGUGUCGCAGAUGGCAAAUCGGAGGGUUGGGAAUGCCAAGGAUGUUGUGAAGCGGGAUCAGGAGGUCUUUGUUAAGGUGAUUUCAGUGUCGGGGCAGAAACUGAGUCUUUCAAUGAGGGAUGUUGAUCAGGAUAGUGGGAAGGAUUUGCUUCCAUUGAAGAAGAGUUUGGAGGAUGAUGGAUUUAGGACAAACCCUCCGACAUUGAACCAGGGGCCAACCAUGAGGACGGGGCUUUCAGGGAUCAGGAUUGUGGAGGAGGAUGAUGCUGCCCCAUCUCGGCGACCACUGAAGCGAAUGAGUUCUCCAGAGAUAUGGGAAGCAAAGCAGUUAAUUGCUUCAGGAGUUUUAGAUGUCAGGGAGUACCCCAUGUAUGAUGAGGAAAGUGACGGCAUGCUUUAUCAAGAAGAGGGUGCAGAGGAAGAGCUUGAGAUCGAGCUUAAUGAAGACGAGCCUGAAUUCUUGCAAGGCCAAAGUCGGUACUCUGUGGAUAUGUCGCCUGUUAAAAUUUUCAAGAAUCCAGAGGGGUCUUUGAGUCGAGCUGCUGCCCUUCAGUCUGCUCUCAUAAAGGAGAGGAGAGAAGUUCGGGAACAGCAGCAGCGGACAAUGCUCGAUUCCAUCCCAAAAGAUCUCAAUCGUCCUUGGGAAGACCCAAUGCCGGAGACUGGUGAGAGGCAUCUUGCACAGGAGCUUAGAGGUGUUGGUUUAUCAGCAUAUGACAUGCCCGAAUGGAAGAAGGAUGCUUUUGGAAAAGCCCUAACGUUUGGGCAGAGGUCGAAGCUUUCAAUCCAGGAACAGAGGCAGAGCCUGCCCAUUUAUAAAUUGAAAAAAGAAUUGGUCCAAGCUGUUCAUGAUAAUCAAGUACUUGUAGUUAUUGGGGAGACUGGUUCGGGCAAGACUACUCAGGUGACACAAUAUCUAGCCGAAGCAGGUUACACUACGAGGGGUAAGAUUGGAUGCACUCAGCCUCGUAGGGUGGCUGCAAUGUCUGUGGCCAAGAGGGUUGCAGAAGAGUUUGGGUGUCGCUUAGGAGAGGAGGUUGGAUAUGCAAUUCGAUUUGAGGAUUGUACUGGGCCUGACACUGUGAUUAAGUAUAUGACUGAUGGUAUGCUUCUUAGGGAGAUUCUGGUAGAUGAGAACCUUUCGCAAUACUCUGUGGUCAUGCUUGAUGAAGCGCAUGAGAGAACUAUCCACACUGAUGUUCUUUUUGGUUUGCUGAAGCAUCUUGUCAAACGGAGACCUGACCUUCGUUUGAUCGUCACGUCUGCCACAUUGGAUGCUGAGAAAUUCUCAGGGUAUUUCUUUAACUGCAAUAUCUUUACCAUUCCUGGAAGAACUUUUCCUGUUGAGAUACUUUACACUAAGCAGCCAGAAAGUGACUAUCUGGAUGCAUCCUUGAUCACUGUUCUACAGAUCCAUUUGACUGAACCUGAAGGCGACAUCCUCCUUUUCUUGACUGGUCAGGAGGAGAUUGAUCAUGCAUGCCAGUCUCUAUAUGAGAGGAUGAAAGGGCUCGGUAAAAAUGUGCCUGAAUUGAUUAUUUUGCCAGUCUAUAGUGCCCUUCCUAGUGAAAUGCAAUCAAGGAUUUUUGAGCCUGCCCCUCCUGGAAAGAGGAAAGUCGUUGUGGCUACCAAUAUUGCUGAGGCUUCUUUGACUAUUGAUGGGAUCUUUUAUGUCAUUGACCCUGGAUUUGCAAAGCAGAAUGUAUAUAACCCCAAACAAGGACUUGAUUCAUUGGUUAUAACUCCUAUUUCGCAAGCAUCAGCCAAGCAACGUGCUGGGCGAGCUGGCCGUACUGGGCCGGGAAAAUGUUACCGCCUUUAUACAGAGAGUGCUUAUCGCAAUGAAAUGUCCCCCACCUCAAUUCCAGAAAUCCAGAGGAUAAAUCUUGGACAUUCCACACUUACCAUGAAAGCUAUGGGGAUAAAUGAUCUCUUGUCAUUUGAUUUCAUGGAUCCGCCUUCACCUCAAGCUCUCAUUUCUGCCAUGGAACAGCUUUACAGUUUAGGAGCUUUGGAUGAGGAAGGGCUUCUGACUAAACUGGGUAGGAAAAUGGCUGAAUUUCCCAUGGAUCCACCUUUAUCUAAGAUGCUUCUUGCUAGCGUGGAGCUUGGAUGCAGUGAUGAGAUUUUGACCAUCAUUGCAAUGAUUCAGACUGGGAACAUCUUUUACAGGCCAAGAGAAAAACAAGCGCAAGCAGAUCAAAAGAGGGCCAAGUUCUUCCAGCCCGAGGGAGAUCAUCUGACUUUACUAGCUGUUUAUGAAGCGUGGAAGGCAAAGAAUUUUUCUGGGCCAUGGUGUUUUGAGAACUUUGUGCAGUCUCGUUCCUUGAGGAGAGCACAAGAUGUCAGAAAACAGCUUCUCUCCAUCAUGGACAAGUAUAAAUUGGACGUUGUGAGCGCAGGAAAGAAUUUCACAAAGAUAAGGAAGGCUAUUACAGCAGGAUUCUUCUUUCAUGCAGCUAGAAAAGAUCCACAGGAGGGUUAUAGAACCCUAGUGGAGAACCAGCCUGUUUAUAUUCACCCAAGCAGCGCCCUUUUCCAGAGACAACCAGAUUGGGUUAUUUACCAUGAGCUUGUAAUGACUACAAAGGAGUACAUGCGUGAGGUCACCGUCAUUGAUCCCAAAUGGCUUGUCGAACUUGCUCCAAGAUUCUUCAAAGUUGCUGAUCCAACAAAAAUGAGUAAACGGAAGCGUCAAGAACGCAUUGAACCUCUUUAUGACAGAUACCAUGAACCUAAUUCUUGGCGUUUGAGUAAACGCCGUGCUUGACUUGUGUUCUUUAGUUAUUGUUUUUGAGCAGUCUAAAAUUUAAAUACAAUUCUGCUUCAUGUUGUAAAUAUAUAUAGAUGUUCGCUGUAUUUUUUUUAGGAAAUUUUUUAUGCUUAAAUGAUCCAUCAAUGAAGCGACCCCCAGGAGGGUGUUUUCAAA